AUGAAGUUGGUCAAGUUUUUGAUGAAACUAAGUCAUGAAACGGUGACAUUAGAACUGAAAAAUGGUACAAGUGUUCAUGGGACCAUUACAGGUGUUGAUGUUGCUAUGAACACUCACUUGAAAGCUGUUAAAAUGACUACGAAAAAUAAUCAGCCAAUACAUUACGAUACACUUAGCGUCCGUGGUAACAAUAUACGGUAUUUCAUCUUACCAGAUUCACUAACCCUUGAAACACUGCUAGUUGACGAUGCACCUAAAUCAAGGUUAAAUCGUAAUGGGCGAGGAACUCGUGGAGGAGCGGGAAGAGGAGGUCGUGGACGUGGAGGUCCAAGAGGACGAGGAGGUCGUGGAGGACCUCGCGGCAGUGGAAGUCGAGGACGUAGUGGUGGACCACCUCGGCGUUAA